CCUCAGAUACUAGCUCUCUUCCAGUUGCCUUCCCUCUCUCACUCACUCACGCCUCGCUCAGAGACCCACUCACACAUUCUCUCCAGGCCUACGGACACUGUCUCGGGCAAACCAACACCAAAAUGACGGAUCAGUCUAUGUUUGAUACGGACGUGUGGACCCUGACCCGGUUCGUCAUGGAGACGGGACGAAAGGUUAAGGGUUCGACUGGAGAGCUCACCCAGCUGAUCAACUCCAUGCUGACGGCCAUCAAAGCCAUCUCUUGUGCGGUGAGGAAAGCGGGCCUGGCUCACCUGCAAGGCAUCGCCGGCAAGACAAACGUGACGGGCGACGAGGUGAAGAAGCUGGACGUCCUGUCCAACGACCUGGUCAUCAACAUGCUCCGGGCAUCUUACAGCACCUGCGCGCUGGUCUCCGAGGAGGACAAGGAUGUUAUCAUCAUUCCAGCCGAGAAGAGAGGUAAAUAUGUGGUCUGCUUUGACCCACUGGAUGGCUCUUCUAACAUUGACUGCCUGGCAUCAAUUGGCACCAUUUUCGCCAUCUACAAAAAGAUUGACGAGGCUUCAGAAGGAGAGCCCACUGUGAAGGACGCCUUGCAGCCUGGCAACCAGAUAGUGUGUGCUGGCUAUGCCCUCUAUGGCAGCGCCACUCUGGUCGCCCUAAGCACUGGGGCAGGGGUCAAUUUCUUCAUGCUGGAUCCUGCUGUGGGUGAGUUUAUUCUCACUGACAGGAAUGUUAAGAUCAAGAAGAAGGGAAAGACCUACAGUGUCAAUGAAGGUUAUGCCAAGUAUAUGGAGCCUGCUGUGAACGAGUACAUACAGCAAAAGAAAUAUCCACAGGAUGGCGGUGCCCCAUAUGGCGCCAGGUAUGUGGGGUCUAUGGUGUCGGACAUUCAUCGCACAAUCUGCUAUGGAGGCAUCUUCAUGUACCCUGCCAAUGAGAAGAGCCCUAAGGGAAAGCUGAGGCUACUGUACGAAUGUAACCCCAUAGCCUUCCUCAUCGAGCAGGCGGGAGGCAUGGCCACCACAGGGACCCAGAGGGUGCUGGACGUCCAGCCCGAGUCCAUCCACCAGCGGGUGCCCUUCGUGGUGGGCUCCCCGGAUGAUGUGGAGGAGUACCUGGCCAUCGUCAAGAAGCACCAGAAGUAGGGAGGUGGAAGUGGCAGUGUGCGCAUGCCCCCUGCGCCUCAGGCCCCAGUCAACUCAGCUUAGGUUUCAUUUCAGCUCAUCUUGUCACGUGCCAGUAAAUGCUACAUCAGGGACAAUGUCUGCUUUUCAACCAGAAGACCAAAAUGAUCAUAAACGUGGGAAGUCAUGAAAAACACAUUUUUAAGUGUUAAAAAAAGGAUGCACGUUUUAUGUCAGGUCAGGAAUCGGUAAGGUGAUGGCAGCCAAGAUUAGACCAGACUGACUGUCAACAUCAACAGUCUUGUUUUGUGUCUGAUUAUUCAUGAGUUGUCAUAUGCAGAAGCAUUAAUAAAAGAUUCCAAUUAACAAAUA